AUGUCAAGAGCAGCUAAAGAGUACAAGACCAUUACCAAAGUUUUGAAAGAAGGCGAUGAGGUUUACAGUCAAUUGAUUGUUGGCAUGGAGCCUAAGGAAGAUUUAACGAGGUGGGAAGCUCUUAUAAGAGGACCAAGUGGGACGCCUUAUGAAGGUUGUAAUUUCCGACUACAUCUGUCACUGCCUCAAGAAUAUCCUAUGUCUCCACCAUAUGUAAAAUUUGAGCCAUAUGCAAUGCCUCAUGCCAAUGUAGACUUCCGUACUGGGGAGAUUUGUCUAGAUAUUUUAACCAAACAGCAUUGGUCACCUGCGUGGGAUCUUCUACAUGUCGUGCAAGCAAUUGGUCAAUUACUAGAUGAACCAGUAUCCUCAUCACCUCUUAAUGUCGACAUUGCGAAUAUUUUAAAGGCUAAUGAUAUGAAUGCUUACUAUGGAUUAGUCCAUUAUUAUAUAAAAUCUUAA